AUGGCAACGUCUCAGCUUAACUCCUUAUCGAAAUUGAUCGAUAUUCCGAUCGAUAAUCAUUACGAUGAAUCCUAUCUCAUCCGGCUGGCUUCGAUGAAUCUCUCCGAGCUUCUAGAAGAGCCAGCACGCCUGGAAGUGAAAGUGGAAUCCCUCGAAAGAGAGAUUCAAAACAAAGCCAUCGAACAAAACGAGGUGUUCGAAAAGGCGCAAUCCUGCUUUAGCGAUGUUGUCUCCAAGAUGAAUUCCUUGCACAAAAGUGUUUGCUCCGCAUGUGACUAUCUCCCUACGCUGGAAUACUCUUGCCGAUCGUUCAAAAAAGAGAUCGAUACGACCUACACGCAAUACAAUCAAAACAAGAAAGCCCUUAAAUACCACUCUCAGUUACUCGAACUCUUAGAAAUGCCACAACUCAUGGAAACAUGCAUUCGAAACAACCUCCACGAAGAAGGCCUCGUCCUUCUCCGCCACGCCAACACACUCUACUCCGAACACUUCCCCACAUCAUCCGAUUCGCAUCCUUCUCACAGCGGCGACAGCAUCAUCUUAGGCAUUUUCAACGAUAUGGUCGCAGUCGGCGAGCAGCAAGAAUCCCUGCUGCUCCGCGAGCUCGAAACCGACAUCACCGUAUCGCGCUGCAUGCAGAUUUUGUCGUUUUUGGAGCAAAACAUCGAUCUGGUUUCCACUUUUCCACUUUUCUCAACGCUCGCAGAGAUUCAACACCUCGCCCAAACCCUCCAAUGA